AUGGCUAUGAAUCCCGUGGUCGUGAGCCAUGAGGAGAAGCGCAUCCAUGAAUUUUAUCAGAUAGUGUACUUGCUACAAUCCCUAGGCGUCCGGAGAGGAGAUCGCAUCCGGGGAGGACCUUCAGAGAAACAGGAACCCUGCACUGUUGCGAAACAUAGGCGGAAUGUUGCCGACGCUCUGGCGUACAUGGCCGCAUAUGACAAAAAGCCAGACCGAGUGACUGCUGUAGCGCUUGGCAAGGAAGAGGGCAGAUUAGUUGUGUGGAUAGCAGCUAAUAAGAGGGUGAGAGACAAGGUUAAGGAUUUCCUAGCCACGGUGCUUAAUUGGCUUGACAAAAUUGCCUGUGGUACUGAGUCAGAAAAGGGCGAUUUUCUCAAUUUCGUCCUCUGGUUCAACCGGGAAGGAGUCAAUAAAUACUACGAAAAUUUUCUUUAUUUUUGGGGGUUGUACUACAAACCCCACAAGUCCACAAGUUUGCAAAUCCUUGGCCCCAGAGUACAAGAGACACACAUGGCUGAUGAGUCGAGGAUAGGUCACGAUGUACUCCAAGAGUUGGACAUCUGGAUUCGAAGGACAUUCUACAGGGGUGACAAGGGUUUACAGCUAGAGGAUAUGGCGAAUCUAGCGAAGGAGUGUCACCAGGCCCGCAAACGGGGCCGUGAUGUGUUUGAUAUGCUGAGAGAAGCUUCAGGUCAGGGUAUUAUGUCUCCACAUGAGUAUGAGCAGCUACAUAGCCUGCUGUACAAGAUAGGGAAGAAUGUUACCCUGUGCCGGAAAUUGAUUGAUGCUAGAAUGUCGCUCCCGGAGGACUUCAAGCAAGGUACGGUGGUGAAAUCAGUUUAUGUUCCUCCCCGGCGUCUUAAUGGUAUCAAACGGAACUAUUCCUUUGAUAGCAUUUCAACUCAUAUUUUCCAGAGUGAAAGUGAAAAGCAGGCAUUUUACGACCAUGUCAAUAGGUUUUAUGAUCCUGACGUGGUAUCAGAGCAAUUGCAGAACUGUGCCAAGUAUCAACCCCCAGUGCACGCAGAGAUUCAGCUUAUCAGCCACUUUGAUACACAUAACAGCCGGUUACUGGAUGAAAGAAAUCCAUACAUUGGCUGUAGUAAGCCUGCUUGUUAUCUGUGCUACAAGUAUAUUACCGAUCAUCCCAGACAAUGGUUCCGCCCCCCCUCGCAUCAAAAACUUUACCAUCGUUGGAGUCUACCUGAAAUUCGAGGGAACGAGAACCGUGAAGAGUUUUUGGCUACUACAGCAGAAGUGCUUCGACACGAUCUACGAGAGGAAAUUGCAAAGCAGCAAGGGCCGAGAUCAGUAUAUGACGAUUCGACAGCAGGGGCCACUACUGCUUUAAGCUGCGGUCCGUCUGCGAGCACGAUCGGUGUAGGAGUGGAAGGAACUGAGAAGCUCGAAGAUGAUACCGAUGGGGGUGUAAGUCUUCUCUAA